AUGAAAGCGCCCUUCAUUAUUUAUGCUGAUUUCGAAGCUUUGAUCAAAAAAAUCCCUGAGAGAGAGCGCGAGAGAACCAUGGCCAGCUGCACAGAAAAAACAGACAAACACGAAGCCUGCGGGUUCACUUUUACAGUCGUAAGAUGCGACGGCAAAAGCUGGCCUGUUGUGAAAUACAGGCAGGGCGCUGAUGGGCAGAAGAAAGCCGUAGAAGAGUUUCUGAGAAGGGUUCUAGGGGUUCAGGAAAAGUCGCGUGAAGCCCGGAAACAUCAGCGCCUCUUGUAAUGUCAAGCUAUGAUUGGUCAAACUUUAAAAAUGCGAAGAAUUGCUAUAUAUGCAACGAAAGCUUUGUGAGACCUGAGUUUCUCGACUCGGUCGGCGCGUGGGACAGGGACACGGGCAUUGCGGGCAAAGCCAUAAAACGCUGCUUUUACAAACAAGUCCACAAACGCUACAUUAAGAAGACGAAGAAAUAAAAGAAUUUGAGUUCAUUGGGCCAAAAAACAAAAGAAAAGAAGAAGACCCAGCUGACAAAUGGAUUGAGAAGACCGAUACAGACUGCUUGUUCUGCGGAAGCCCGCUGCUUCGGAAAAACUUCAGGGACUCGAUGAAAGGCAUUGCCACAUUUGCGGGAGUUUCCGCGGGGCCGCGCACGACGCGUGCAACAAAAAACUGCGGAUAA